AUGGUCUUGCUUGGAGUAGUAGAUGCAAAUUGUAAAUUUGUAUUUGUUGACGUCGGCGCGUAUGGAAAGGAAGGGGAUAGUAGCAUAUUUAUGAAAUCUGACAUGGGAAAACAAAUAUAUUCUGGUCAGUUAUUUGAACCAGGUGUAAAUCUUCCAGGUUCAAAUAGACUAUUGCCAUACGUUAUUGUCGGUGAUGAAGCGUUCCGAUUACAUCCCCAUGUGAUGAAACCGUAUAGCAAACAAGCGGCUAAAGGCGAUAAAGAGAAAACUGUUUUCAAUUAUAGAUUGAUUAGAGCCAGAAGAGUGUCUGAAAAUGCCUUUGGAUUGUUGUGUCAGAUUUUUCGAAUUUACUACACUCCGAUUGCCAUUAAGCCAGAAACGUGUGAUAAACUCAUACUUGUAACUUGUUGCUUGCACAAUCUUCUGAGAGAUGCAUUUUUGGAAAAAAAUAAUCAGCCUUAUUACAACUACGAUGUAAGUUUGAAUCUACCAGAUAAUAUAACCCCGUUGAGAAAUGCUGGAGGAUUUGCAAAUGCGGAUGGUUUUGCAAUAAGAGACGAAUUCGCGAAUUUUUUCGUCCAAGAAGGGGCUUUAAAUUGGCAGGACGACCGCAUAUUUAGACUAAGCAGUUAA